UGUUCGUGAUUUGAACUUUCAUUCUUCUUUUCUGUUCUUGGAUCUUGACCUCCAGUUUGAAUCUCAACAUCACAAAUACUUUUAUCGACCAGCUUUACACAAUGGCCGACUUCCGCGAUCUCCGUAUUGCCAUCAUCGGCGCAGGAAUGGGAGGAUUGGGCACUGCCCUCGCCUUCGCCAAAAAGGGGUUCAAGAACAUCAACGUCUACGAGACAGCGUCGAACUUGGGCUUCGUCGGUGCCGGUAUCCAGAUGCCUCCCAACGUCGUCAGGGUAUUGGAUCGUCUAGGUUGCUGGGAAGAGAUCGAGAAGGAGGCCACAGAUGUCAAGGAGACUAGCAUUAGGCAGGGAAGCACAGACGAGGAGCUCGCUCACGUAUUCAUGCCCGACAUGCGCGAGAAAUACGGCUUCCCCCACUGCACCGGCCACCGCUCCUCCCUCGCUGGCGGCCUCUACAACGGCUGUCUCAAAGAGCCCGCCAUCAAGUUCAACUUCGGCACCUCACUCGUCAGAGUCCUCUCAUGGGCGCCCAAGCCGCGUAUCCUGCUCAAGUCGCGCGCGCAAGACGAGCCCUUCGAAGUCGAAGCCGACAUCCUUCUCGCCUCAGACGGCAUCAAGUCCCUCACGCGCACGCAGAUGCUCUCCGAGCUCGGUCUCACGUACGAGGAGGCAGACACGGGCCAGGCCGCCUACAGAAUCAUGCUGCACCGGGACCAGAUGAAGGACGACCCGGAGAUGCUCGCUUUGCUUGACUGCGACAUGGCGGUGCGCUGGAUCGGCGAGCGCCGGCACAUCAUCGCGUACCCCGUCAGCGGACACAAGAUUUAUAAUUUGUCGACGGCGCACCCGGACACCAACUUUGCGGGCGCCACCAACGCGACGUACACGACGCGCGGCGAGAAGAAGGCCAUGUUCGAGGUGUUUGGCACCUUCUGCCCGCUCGUGCAGCGCAUGCUCGACCUGGUGCCCGAGGGCGAGGUGUGCGAGUGGAAGCUGCGCAUCCACAAGACGCUUCCCACCUGGGUGCACGGGUCUGCCGCGCUGCUGGGCGACGCCUGCCAUGCUACGCUGCCCCAUCUCAGCCAGGGCGCCGCCAUGGCUAUCGAGGACGGAGCGGUCCUGGCCGAGUGCGUGAGCAGGAUCCCGGCCGAUAAGCUGGAUGAUGCCGAGACGGUCACCAAGACGCUCAAGGUGUUUGAGAUGCUGCGCAAGCCGUAUACGACCACCUUGGUGGACCUGGCGUCGCACUCGGGCCGCGUGCUGCAUCUGGGUGAGGGCAAGGCGAAGGAGGAGCGCGAUCGGCUGUUCCGUGACAACGGCAAGUCCGGCGUUGUACCGGAUAAGUGGGCGAGCCCGGAUGUGCAAAAGAUGAUUUAUUCGCAUGACUGUGUGAAGGAGGUGAUUGAGAAGUUUGAUGAGGUCUUUGCAAGCAUUGCAUGAGUGGUGGGAAUCAGGAUGUAUGCAUGAUCUUGGUACUGUACUUUGUUGGCGGUAUAUCGGAUGUAGCGCGGCGUAAAAUGGUGUUUAGAAUUGAGGCUUUACCUAACUUUACCUACUACCCAUGAAACUGUGUCGAA